GAGAGGGCUGCUGCGCUACUGUCCUUUCCAAGCAAAACACAAAUUUAUAUCUGUAUUAGAGGGCUGGAUCAGUGGCAGAUCAUCAGCUGAUCAGCCAUGCGAUUGGCCAGUAUGCAGCAUCGUGGGCGGAGAGCAGCAGAAUCAGAGGAGGAGCCUAAUCGUGCUCCGCCUCCUCCUCCCCCUCCCUCUCACCACUCCCACAACUUUGUAAAUAUGAAGAACAAGUUCUUCAAUGAGCUUGGACAUCUACCUAACCACAAGAUCAGAAUGCCCAUGUGGGCUAUUGGUGCCAUAAUUGUGGUUGUGCUUGCCCUGGUGGGCUGUUUUGCUUUUUGCAUCUAUAAGAAGUGCUUGGGCGGUAAGAAGAAAACAAAGAAAGUCAGAGAGAGAAAGGGAGGAAGAAGGAGGAUGAAAAAGGAAGGAGAAGAAGAGGCAGGAGAGGAACAACCUAAAGAAGGAGAGGGCGAGGGAGAGAAAGAAUAUUAUGGGAAGUUGGAAUACACUUUGGACUAUAACUUCACUGAAAAUCAGCUUAUUGUCGGCAUUUUACAAGCCCAAGAUCUUCCUGCCAUGGAUAUAGGUGGAACAUCUGAUCCCUAUGUCAAAGUUUAUAUGCUACCAGACAAGAAGAAAAAGUUUGAAACGAAGGUCCAGCGGAAGAACCUAUGCCCUGUUUUCAAUGAGACAUUCAUAUUUAAGAUCCCAUUUAAUGAUCUAGCAGGACAGACUUUGGUCCUGCAGGUGUUUGACUUUGACCGCUUUGGCAAACAUGAUGUAAUUGGAGAGAUCAAAAUCCCCAUGAACAGUAUUGAUCUGGGCCAGCCUAUACACGAAUAUAAAGACCUGGUUGGAGGAGAGAAAGAGGAACAAGAAAAACUGGGAGAUGUCUGCAUUUCCCUGCGCUAUGUGCCUACCUCUGGAAAGCUGACCGUCUGUAUCAUGGAAGCCAAAAACCUGAAGAAGAUGGACGUGGGUGGUUUAUCAGAUCCUUUUGUGAAAAUAGUUUUGCAACACAAUGGAAAGCGCAUCAAGAAGAAGAAGACCACAGUCAAGCAGAACACACUGAACCCAUACUUCAAUGAAAGCUUCAGCUUUGAGAUACCUUUUGCUCAAAUUCAGAAGGUGCAGGUGCUGAUCACCGUCUAUGACUAUGAUAAACUGGGAAGUAAUGAUCCAAUCGGGAAGUGCUGGAUUGGGUUUGGUGCAAGUGGGGUUGGCCUACGUCAUUGGUCAGACAUGCUUGCCAAUCCCAGACGACCCGUGGCCCAGUGGCACACACUUCAGCCUGAAGAGGAAGUAGACGCUGCCCUUAAAGCACCCAUCCGCUAAAUGUCACACUUAUCCACUCUUAUCAAAUAAAGGUUUUCAGCACACAUUCGGCAAAGCAUCAUUUCAAUCUUAUUCAUCCUGUCAGUGAGGAGUUUCUUUCUUUUAUGCUGUGCACAUCAUUAUAUCCUGUACCCUUCUUUACUGUGAAAUCACUUUUAUAAAUGUCACUAUGUAUAAUUUGCUUGUGCUUCUCAUUCAAAUGUCUGUAUGUGAAUGAUAACUGUGUGUUUGAAAGUGUUGUAUGCGUGUAUGUGUCUAUGUGAAAACUGUCCUGUUUGGCCUCUU